AUGCGACGUGCCAGGACGGCUUUCACUUACGAACAGUUAGCCACUCUUGAGAACAAAUUUAAGGUUAGUGAACUUUUUAAAAAAAGAUUAAAAAAAGCUACUUUUUUUAACAAUUGUACAUGUUUCUAUCGAAAUAGCUCUCGGUCUGCUAACUCAUCAAAUCAAAUUAACUCAUACUUAUCUUUUUAAACUUUUCUGAUUAUCAAAUUAGCCUUAACCUUUUUGCAGACCUCCCGAUAUCUCAGCGUAUGCGAGAGGCUUAACCUUGCAAUUCAACUGCACUUGACAGAGACGCAGGUUUAUUUCAAUUUAUGAGCUAACUUGAAGGGUAAUUUAUCUAGGUUAAAAUUUGGUUCCAAAAUAGAAGGACCAAAUGGAAGAAACAUAACCCCGGACAAGACGCCAAUGCUCCGCCGACCCCUCCAUCUGAAGAGAUUUCUCAGCCAAAGACUUCGAAUUCUCCCACUCCCUCUUUCAAUCAACUCGUGAGUUUAAAAAAGCAGAAGAAGGAGAUUCGACGGUUCAGUAUAAAAUGUAGCCAAUGUCAUGCAAGAAGAUAUCACCCCAUAAAUUUUGAAAAAUAUUUGUACUUCCUGUUUCCACAAUCUAGGCUUCUUGUUUUGUUGCUCCUGUCGGAAUUAUAUUGGAAAGUUCAAAAAUUAUUUUUAGUUCAGAUUGAUGAAGAUCUUUUUAUCUUUUUUGUUCCAGUUCAUGCCAUCGAUUGUGCCUGCCGUUCAGCAGACGUUUCUUCCGGCUGCUGCUGUGCUUCCGCUCGGGUUCUACAACCUCAACUCCAUUAUGGUACAGCAAAAACUCAGUUACAACUAA